AUGUCUUCCUCCUCCAAGCCUGCAACACCUGCUCGGCACAGGCACCUGCACCGUUCAUCAGGUGUAUUUGCAUUACUUCCCCAAUCGCCUCGAAUUCACUAUCCGAUUGACCCUGAGCAUCUUCCUCUUGAUCUGAGUGUUAUAACCGACAGCUUUGAGAGAUUACACGAUUCUGUCCAAGACUUGGAGAUGUAUAUGAAACAUCUCCAGCGACUUCACGAGGCUAUAUCUCAGGGGUUUAAUGAGUCUUUCUCGAGUUUCUUGUACGGGUUGUCCAUCACCAUGUGGUGCAUCGACUUUCCUUCAACACCCUCUAAGGACUUGGAAGAAAAGUUGGAAGAGUCCAAAAGAUUGGACGACAGUAUCACCGAUCUCAAGAGCCAGCUCAGACGGGCACGCCAACAGAACGAGGUGUUGAAAUUGAAGCUACAUAAUAAGGCUAAAGUCAAUGCUAGUAUAUUGAGAUCUAAACCUGCAAUAAACAGACGGUUAAUUCAGGACCUGUCAAAGUCCAAGAUCCCACAGCCAUUUUCCCGACUCGUUGUUCCCUCAAGGAAUAGUGGUUCUGUGUCCAAGCCACCACCGGUGCGGUCAGCCAUUCCAAUUGCAACCAGAAAUACUCGUGGACCUAAUUUGAAUCAGCCCCCCCGGUACUUGGACGGGCUUUUCGCAGGUCUGAGUACGAGUGCGAGCAGCGUGAGACGGGCUAGAAAACCUGCUCCCAUUCUGAAUCGUCCUCCAUUCCGUUAG